AGGAGAAAGCGGAGGCGGAGGCCGAAGGCGGCAGCGGGAAGGAACGGGGCCGAGACGGGGGACUCUGCGUGAGGCAGCCAGGCCGCUUUCCUUCCCUCCUUGCGGGGCUCCUUGAGGCCUCUUUCCGGGACGACGGCGGCGGCCGUGCCUGAAGCCGCGCUGGGAGGCCGGGAAGGCGCGGAAAUUGAGGCCGGGGAUCGAGCGCGGCCUACUGCGGGGCCUGGCCCGCCCCUUCCCGCCGGGCCCAGCCUGGCUCGGCCCUCCUCCUCUUCCUCGGCUCCCGCGUUUUGUGUCUCGGCUGCCAUCGGUCCGAUACGGCGGGGGGAGUUAGAAUGGAACAGACUGAAGGCCCUAUGAGAAAAAGGGAAAGCUAAGGAUGCUGGAGCAGAACAAUGGAUUUCUCCUUCUCUUUCAUGCAAGGGAUCAUGGGAAACACAAUUCAGCAACCACCUCAACUCAUUGACUCGGCUAACAACCGCCAAGAGGAUGCUUUUGACGCCAGCAGUGACAUCACUGAAGAUGGCAGGCAGACACCAUACGAAGCCGCCCUUGCUUUGCAGCAAGGUUUUCAGUAUCCUACGCCAACCACAGAGGACCUCCCGCCCCUCAUUAAUGGAUUCCCACCAAUCAGCAUGUAUGAACCCCAAGCCAAAUAUCAGUCGUACAGUCAGUAUCCCAAUGGCUCAGCCAAUGGCUUCGGCUCAGUUAGAAACUUUAGUCCACCUGAGUAUUAUCAAAUGGAGAACUCUAACUUAAGGGCACAUGAAAUCCUGGAAAAACAGUCUCCCCCACAGCCUCCGCCUCCUUCCGUAUCCCAAACGGUGAUCCCAAAGAAGACUGGUUCACCAGAAAUCAAAUUAAAAAUAACCAAAACUAUCCAGAACGGCAGGGAAUUGUUUGAGUCCUCUCUAUGCGGGGACCUUUUAAAUGAAGUACAAGCAAGUGAGUAUGCGAAGUCAAAGCAUGAAGGGAGGAAAGAGAAAAGGAAAAAGAGUAACAAACAUGACGCCUCUCACUCAGAAGAGCGCAAAUCACAUAAAAUUCCAAAACUAGAGCCAGAGGAACAAAAUAGACCAAAUGAGAGACUUAGCACACCGCCUGAAAGACCAAGGGAAGAACCAAUAGUGGUGGAUGAAACUCCGGCACAGCAAGUCUCUCCUUCUCAUCCAACACAAGUAGAGAGUGAUGUCAAUUUUGAGGUUGGCGAUCUUGUCUGGUCCAAAGUGGGGACAUAUCCAUGGUGGCCCUGCAUGGUUUCAAGAGACCCACAACUUGAGGUUCAUACCAAAAUUAACACAAGAGGUGCACGAGAAUAUCAUGUUCAAUUCUUUAGUAAUCAGCCUGAGAGGGCAUGGGUGCAUGAAAAGCGGGUACGAGAGUACAAAGGGCGUAAACAGUAUGAUCAGUUGGUGGCAGAAGCGACUAAGCAAGCCAACCAGUCUGAAAAACUAAAGAUUCGCAAACCAAGGCCACAGAGAGAGCGUGCACAGUGGGAUAUUGGUAUUGCCCAUGCUGAGAAAGCAUUGAAAAUGAGCCGGGAAGAGAGGAUAGAACAGUACACCUUCAUCUAUGUAGAUAAGGAGCCUGUGGAGGGUUUGACAAAACCCAAGAGAACUGGUGUGCCUAAGGCAGAGAUUAAAAAGAAUCGUCGAUCUAAACCGUCACCUAGUCCACAGCCAGAACAGACCAGUGAGGUUUUGGCAACAUCCUCUCCAUCCAAUACUGAGGUGCGGAGGCAUAGUCAGAGAAGGCAGCCUAGUGUGGAAGAAGAGCCGCCUCCCGUGAAAAUAGCAUGGAAGACUGCUGCAGCCAGAAAAUCCUUACCAGCAUCCAUAACCAUGCAUCAGGGCACCUUGGACCUUCAGAAAUGUAAUAUGUCUCCAGUUGUUAAAAUUGAACAAGUUUUUGCUCUUCAGAAUGCAGCUGGGAAUGGAAAGUUCAUUGAUCAGUUUGUUUACUCUACCAAGGGUUUAGGAAACAAACCAGAAAUAAUAAUCAAGGGACAUGACAAACUUACUUCUGUCUCAAGCCAGCGAAAUGAGAGAGCCUCUUCACAGAGGUCACCCUCUCCUGAAACGUCUUCUGGGUUGGCAAGUUCUGUAGAAAAGAAGCAACAGAGAAGAUCAAUACGAACUCGCUCAGAGUCUGAGAAAUCCACAGAAGUUGUGCCAAAGAAGAAGAUCAAAAAGGAGCAGGUAGAAACAGCCCCACAGACAGCAAUGAAGACUGGAUUACAGAAAGGUGCCAGUGAGAUUUCAGAUUCUUGUAAGCCUUUAAAGAAAAGGAGUCGUGCUUCAACAGAUGUGGAACUGACUAGUUCAGCAUACAGAGAUACGUCUGAUUCUGAUUCAAGAGGGCUUAAUGAUCUACAGGGUAGCUUUGGAAAGCAGUCGGACAGCCCAUCAGCUGCAGCAGAUGCUGAUGCUUCAGAUGUACAAUCUGUGGACUCCAGUUUAUCAAGAAGAGGUUCUGGGACUAGUAAAAAAGACACUAUUUGUCAGAUUUGUGAAAGCUCUGGCGAGUCCCUAGUACCUUGUGAAGGCGAAUGCUACAGAGUCUUCCACACUGAAUGCUUGGGACUCAGCUCACAGCCUGAUGGGAAGUUCAUCUGUUCGGAAUGCAAAAAUGGGCAGCAUACAUGCUUUUCCUGCAAGGUUCCUGGCAAAGACGUGAAACGCUGCUCUGUCAACACCUGUGGUAAAUUUUACCACGAAGCCUGUGUGCGCAAGUUUGCCACAGCUGUCUUUGAGUCCCGAGGAUUCCGUUGUCCACAGCAUUGCUGUACUGCCUGCUCUGUAGACAAGGAUAUUCAUAAAGCAAGCAAAGGUCGCAUGGUGAGAUGUUUGAAAUGCCCCAUUGCCUAUCACUCGGGAGAUGGCUGUAUUGCUGCAGGAAGUUUGUUUGUGUCAUCUCACAUUCUCAUCUGUAGUAACCAUCCCAAAAGGAGCAAUCACUCUUCAUCAGCUGUAAAUGUAGGCUUUUGUUUCGUUUGUGCAAGAGGGCUGAUAGUGCAGGAUCAUUCAGACCCCCUGUUCAGUUCAUAUGCCAAUAAGUCCCACUACCUACUGAAUGAAUCAAAUCGUGCUGAGUUGAUGAAAUUACCUAUGAUUCCUCCUUCUUCGUCAGCUUCCAAAAAGAAAUGUGAGAAAGGUGGGAAACUGUUGUGCUGUGAAUCAUGUCCUGCAUCCUUCCAUCCGGAAUGUCUUAACAUAGAGAUGCCAAAUGGCUCCAGCUCCUGGAAUUGCAAUGACUGUAAAGCUGGCAAGAAGCUACGAUACAAGCAGAUUGUUUGGGUCAAACUUGGAAAUUACAGGUGGUGGCCAGCUGAGAUCUGCAAUCCCAGGUCUGUUCCUCUCAACAUACAGGGCCUCAAACAUGAUAUCGGGGACUUCCCAGUUUUUUUCUUUGGUUCACAUGACUACUAUUGGGUACACCAGGGCAGAGUAUUCCCUUAUGUUGAAGGAGACAAAAGCUUUGCUGAGGGGCAAACUAAUAUUAACAAGACCUUCAAGAAAGCACUUGAAGAAGCAGCAAAACGCUUCCAGGAACUGAAAGCACAAAGAGAAAGCAAAGAAGCACUUGAAAUUGAGAGGAAUUCCAGAAAGCCACCACCCUAUAAACAUAUUAAGUCCAAUAAAGUAGUAGGGAAGGUUCAGAUUCAAGUGGCGGACUUAUCAGAAAUCCCUCGGUGUAACUGUAAGCCAACCGAUGAGAAUCCUUGCGGCCUGGAAUCCGAGUGUCUAAAUCGAAUGCUGCAGUAUGAGUGCCAUCCGCAAGUUUGUCCCGCGGGAGAACGGUGUCAAAACCAGUCUUUCACCAAAAGACUCUAUCCAGAAGCAGAAAUUAUAAAAACUGACCGGCGUGGUUGGGGCCUCAGGACAAAGCGGAACAUUAAAAAGGGUGAAUUUGUCAAUGAAUAUGUGGGUGAAUUAAUUGAUGAAGAAGAAUGCAGAUUGCGAAUCAAACGUGCCCAUGAGAACAGCGUGACUAAUUUUUAUAUGUUAACUGUUACAAAGGACCGCAUAAUAGACGCUGGCCCAAAAGGGAAUUAUUCUCGCUUUAUGAACCACAGCUGCAACCCCAACUGUGAAACCCAGAAAUGGACAGUGAACGGAGACGUCCGGGUUGGGCUUUUUGCUGUGCGUGAUAUUCCUGCAGGGAUGGAGUUAACAUUUAACUAUAAUUUGGAUUGCCUGGGGAAUGGCAGGACAGAAUGCCAUUGUGGAGCAGAUAACUGCAGUGGGUUCCUUGGAGUGCGGCCAAAGACGGCGUGUGCAACAGCAAAUGAAGAGAAAGCAAAAAAUGCAAAAUUGAAGCAGAAGAAACGGAAGAUCAAAACAGAGCAGAAGCAAAUGCACGAGGACAACUGUUUCCAGUGUGGAGAUGGGGGUGAAUUGGUCAUGUGUGACAAGAAAGACUGUCCCAAAGCGUACCACCUCCUCUGCCUUAACUUGACACAGCCGCCCUUUGGGAAAUGGGAAUGUCCAUGGCACCAGUGUGACAUCUGUGGCAGCCCUGCUACUUCAUUCUGUGAGUUCUGCCCCCAUUCUUAUUGCAGAGAUCAUGAAAAGGGAGCCCUCGUGUCCUCAGCAUUGGAUGGUCGUCCAUGCUGCUCUGAACACAAUCCCAAGGCGCCGGUGGCACCAGAAUAUUGGUGUAAGAUCAAACGCCGAUUGGAACAGCAGAAGCCUGAGGAAGAGGCGAAAGAAUGAACUUUCUUCCCUAACCCCCCCAAAACGCAAAACAAAACGAAACACCCCAAUCAUUGUGAAUUGAGAUAAUGUGCCAUGGGACCCUCAGACUUUGUCUUUAGAACUGCCUUCACAUAGCUCAAACAGGGACCACCUGAUCUGGAGUGGCAGUUAGCAGCCUGUGGUAUCAGUGGCCAGAUCCAUAUUAGCCCGCGACCAUGUCCUUUGGGCUCCUGAAGAACAGAAAGAAGUGUCUUAGCAACAUUUUGUUGUUAGAAGAAGAAACCUUUCUGACAUUGGGGAAAAAAAGAGACAUCAAGUUUAAAAUACGUUCUUUGAGUGUAGAAACCAAACAUAGCAAAAUAUUUAUUUAUUUAAUUUUUAACGGACUUCUGAGAGUUUCUGGUCCUAUUACAGUCAGUGUGUUUAAAAGGAAGAGGAGCACCAGCCUGGUAUCUAUCUGUGUAUGUAUCUAUAUCUCCCUCCCCUCAACCGGUCUAGUUUGGAAUGAGGAAAAAAGCUGCUCUGCUCACCAGGAGCCUUUCAGAUAAAGCAUUUUUUUUUGGGGGGGGGGGGGUGAAUCAAAAGUGUAUUGUGGCACUUGUUAGUGAGAUGCCUUCAUUCCAGUAACCUUUCUGUGACAAGAAUUUUGAGACGGGAAGAUGAUGUAUGUCACUUUACUUUCCAGAGCAUGAAUGGUGAUCUUGAUACCAGAAGUUCUCCCACAGGAAACUAGAUGCCAUCCACUUAAAUGUUGAAGUGAAUUCUAUUUGACACUACAUUUCCAGCAACUUCAAAAAGCACCAUCCACAGGGAACUUCCUAUGUGCAAUGUUUGUAAUCCCACUUUAUUUCAAAGGGGUUUGUGCAGGAGGGACUUUCAGUAGGCUUUGCCCAUAAUAAUGGUAGUGUGAAAAGGCUGUGGAGCAGCAUGGGGUUGUCUUGUGUUUUGCUCAGUGUCCUGUUUAAUUAUGCAUAUGUCACUUUCCUGCUGCUGUUGAAUUUUAGGUUGGUGAAGCAGAGAGGAUUAGGAACAGUGCUUUUCUUGCCUGCACAAGCCUUGACCAUGCUAAAGGAAUCAAAGUGGGGAACUCCUGACUUCACAGCUUGUUUAAUUUUUUCCCAAUCCUUCCCAUAGCUGGGGUUUAGUGAAAACGUACUCAUUUGAUCAUGUGCUGGACAGGAUUUUUAACUUUGUCCUGUGGGAUCAUUCGCCAAUAUAGGCCCUGGUUAUGCUUUAUCUUUUAAAUUUUAGCAGCUAAAAUUGGCCGCCAGUAUGUGAGCUUAUUUCAUGCCACAUUUGUCAGUGAUUCAAUAGCCUUGUAUAUCCCUGCUCCAAGUUUCUUCUCCCAGAAGAACUGGGAUGCUGAGGACGCUGUGCGAUCGGCAUUUUCAUUCUAGGGUCCUAUAAUUGGUUUGUUGUGCAGUUUUGUCAAAUGGAAUCUCUUUGUUGAAUAAGACCGGUCGGUCUUAGAAAAGAGCGUGCAUGUAUCGCAGAAACGCUUUUGUUAGUACUUCUUCCCAAUGCAACAGUAUAGCACUGAAGUGACCGAUUUAAUUUACACUUACUCCUAAUGGGUACUUUUAAUCUUGAAACUUUUUUGUAUGUGGCUGAUUAAUAAUAUCAUUGAUCUGUGAGACAGUGUACAGACAUAGAUUUGUCUGUACCAGAAAACAUAGUAAGCAGGUAUCCUCUUAACCAUAGAUUUCCUUGCUUAGCUCUUCUGACAAGGCUCUUUUUUCUUGCUUUAAAAAUGCUUGUAAUCUAAGGGAAAAGAAAAUGCAGCUUCUUUUUACCUCAUUUGUUUACAAGUUAAAAGAAUUACACUACAUUUCUUUGAAGCACCUGAAAAUGUCCUUUAGUUUCAGUUCAGGGUGGCAAUCCCUUUUUGCAACCCACUGAAUAUUUUGUGGUUUUGUUGCAUUUUUCUGACAAUAUAUGUUAGUUGAAUGGUACUGAGCCUAAAGGAAGAUGCCAAGUACUUGAUUAAACUAAUGAAGGGGGGGGGAUGAAACACUACAUUUUUUUAAUGUAUAUUAAAAACUUAGAUUUUAGUUUUCUGGUUGUAUUGUUUGACAGCUUUUCUCUCUUUAAUUCAUUUUUUUUUUUGAAAAACACUUUCUUUGUAAAAGAGUUUUGCUCCAAUCUAAAAUCCCAGAGUGCUCCAAACAGAGCGCAACAGAGUUUAUAGAGCUGCUCUGUCUUCUUAAAGCUGGUGGGUAUAGGAUUGUGCAAAUGCUAUACACUCCCACACACACACACACACCGGGGAGAGGGGCACUCUUGUGCUUUCUUCCAUACACUCCCUUGUCAUUUGACAAAUCAGAAUAGCAAAGCUGUGCCCCAUUUUUCUGAUGGUGCCAUUUUAGAUGGCAGAAAGUCAGUUCCAAAAGGCUUGACCGCAGUAGGCAACGGGUACCGUUUAAAGUUAUGAUGGCAUUUUGAAUUGUAGCUACUAAAUUAACUGUGGAUAGAACUAACUGUAAACAAAACAAAACAAAAAAACACCACCCCAUCCAAUAUCAGGUGUAUCACAUAACCCACACUACUUUAGUACCUUACAUUGUAUCUUCAUCUUCUCAGAUUUCCCUACCUUUCUUGACAGAGGUGUACGCUUUCAGCCCCUGCCUUUUUAUAGAAGAAUAAAGAGAUGCCUGUUGUAGUUGAUUGGAGCAGCCCUGAUGCUUUACAAGAGUGGUACUCAGAAGCAUCAUCAUUACUUACAUGUCAGUUGGGUACAAAUUUGGAGGGAAUUGUGGUGACAAAUAAUCUGUAAAUACAUAGAAUUAACUGU